GAAUGCUAGGCUACAUGGCUCCGGAGGUAGUUCAAUCUAAAUAAUACAACAACACGGCUGAUAUCUUUAGUUUGGGGUGUCUCUUCUACUUGAUGAUUUAUGGAGAAUUGCCCUUCUCUGAUUCGAAUCACUAAAUCUAUUUGUAUGAAACUAAAAAUAAAAGUAAAAUAACACUUUAUCAAGAGAAAUCGUUCAUCCUGAGAACACAAAAACAUCAGAGAAGACAUAGUUCAUUCUAAACUCGAUGUUAGAAUACGACCAAGACAAAAGAAUUGGUUGGACAGACUUGUAUAAAUAUUUUGAUCAAAUGUGA